CUGGAGCACUACACGCUCUGGAACAUCAUCUCGAGCUCAGGCUUGACUAUCAUCGCAUGCGUCUAUACGGCAAUUCACCCCAACGUACCUAGUCCGUACGAGCCAUGGUAUUUGGUGUCCUUCCAUCGCCUUGUCACUAUCGUCUUUGGCCUUAUCUCUCCCGAGCUGGUCGCCAUAUGGGCUAUGCGUCAGUGGACUAGUUCUUAUUUUUUUUCAGAACAAAUGCGAUGCUACUUUGCCAAUAUGGGCGGCUUCAUGGUUUAUUACAAAGAUGAGCCAUGGUCAACCACCACUCCUCGAAAUCUUCUUCGACAGAUUCAUGCUGGAAUCCUUGACAUGCCGCGCAUCACUGUGGAAGAAAUUGAUGACUGCAGCAAAGCACUUGAAGGCGACUUGCUCUCAAAGGGUCUAGUUAUUGUUCAGGUUGGCUGGUUCAUUAUCACAGCAUCGCGUUACAUUCUUGGUCUCGCUAUAUCCCAACUGGAGAUCGGAACAUUCGCUUUCGCGGUCCUUUUCUUUCGGGUGUGCAUCUUUUGGCUAGUAAAGCCACUUGAUGUGCGU